AUGUGGCUAAGAAUUGAAUGGAUGUCUGUGGUUUUCGCAUUCUCUUCAAGGAAAUGAUUUCAUUUCUCAUUCAAAGACAUUAGUAGAGGGCAAGUAACAAAAUGCAAGAUAAUUGCAUUGUAUUCCCAGAAAAGUGGACAGCGCAUGGAUAAGCUACAUUGUAACAUUCAGGGAAGUAAAUGGACAGCAUGGAAUUUCACAAGUAAGUUUUACAGAUACAUUUUUGCGUUAUUGUUUUAAUAAUUUUUUUUGCUACAAAAUGCACACUAGUUCAAGUAAGGAUAUUUGACAGAAGAUUCCGACAGUGGUUUGGCCAAAGCAAUCUUCUCGGCGUGGAAUGCCACGCAGGCAAUAGCCUACUACUACUAUACUACUACCCAAACUAAAGCAACGAAGUUGAAUGGGGGGUUGAUAAGUAGGCUAUGACCCGCGAAUGCAUUAAUAAGAUACUGUGACAUUAUAUCUAGAUUUAGGCCAACUAAAAUGAGGGCGAUAAAGAUAAGGAAAUACUUUAGGGGUAGUGGGAGAGUACUUGCAUUUGUUUUCAUUGCAUCUAUUAUUUGGUUGCUGUUCGAUAUGGCAGCGCUUCGCCUGUCAUUAAAUGAUGUUAACAGCCAACUUUUAAAAGAAAGCGUAGUAAAGGAAAGGCAGGCUGUCAGACAGCAGGCCACAAAACGUACUAAGUUAGUGCAUAGGGGGUUUAAAAAUCCAGUACAGAGAGUAGACUUGGACCUGGACGAGACAGGUAAUAAAGAUCCACUCCAGAAUGAAAAUAAAGUAUUUGAAGUGUACAGGAAGCGAGGACCCGCUGUCAAAAAUGACCCACAGUUUAUGGACAAAGUAAACUCGCAUGAGCAACAAGGGGGGAAUGCCCAACCAAAGUUAGAACAUGCUGUCAUCUUUAAGCAUAACCAAAUCGAGCCUGCUCAUGUCACAGUACAAUUGAGUGUGCCUUUGAAUACGAAAGCACCUGUCAAAGAUCCUUUGCCCGUCAAAGAUGUGUCAAAAAAGGCAGUGGACUUGGUGCUGGAGGAUGGGAAAGUAGGACCUACGGAGAGGGAUAAGAUUGUGGCAUUCCUGCAGUCGAACUUUACCAAAGUGCCACCUGGUGUUCAGGAAGGAAAACAUGUUGAAAAGCCUGCCUCAAAAAAUACAGGAGAGAACCAAGAGGGAAAUAUAGGCCUAGUGCAAAAAGGCAAAGAAAAUAUUGACUCCAAGACACAGAAGAAAGUCAACUCACUUGAGCCUGGCAAACAAGAAAGCUUUAUUAAAGACAAAGUUGCAGUGGACUACACAGUUAAACCUGUCAAAAAUGAUGUACUUAAAGGAGUAGAGGUGAUUGUCAACAAAGAGGACAAACAGAUCAAUGAGCUUGAUAAAGGUAACCCUGACGCCCUAAAGGAGUCCUUACCACCUACAGCAAAGCCGAAACGCCAACAAGGAGUUCCCACAAAUUCCACAGUUGUUCGAAACACAGGCGUCCACAAAGUGCUGGCAUUAGACAUGACCCAAGCGCCUAGAGAUGCCAAUGCAAUUGGGCAAUUUGGGCAAGCAGCCAUGGUGCCCAGUGACAAAGAGCAGGAGGUGAGGAACCGUUGGAAUGAGGGCCAUUUCAACGUCUACCUGAGUGACCAGAUCCCUGUGGACAGAGCCAUCCCAGACACCAGACCUCAUACUUGUUCUGAGAGUGUGGUCCAUGAUUACUUGCCCACCACCAGUGUGAUCUUCUGCUUUGUGGACGAGGUGUGGUCCACUUUGCUCCGGUCUGUCCACAGUGUCCUCAACCGGUCUCCACCACACCUUCUCAAAGAGAUCAUCCUGGUGGAUGACUUUAGUUCAAAAGAAUAUCUCAAGGACCAUCUGGAUGUGUAUAUGUCCCAGUAUCCCAAAGUACGGAUCGUCCGUCUGAAGGAGAGGCAGGGCUUGAUCCGAGCUAGGCUGGCAGGAGCUGCCAUUGCCAAAGGUGACGUUUUGACCUUUCUUGACUCGCAUAUUGAAUGCAACGUGGGCUGGCUGGAACCUCUGCUGGAGAGAGUGUACAUGGACCGGAGGAAAGUGGCCUGCCCAGUCAUCGAAGUAAUCAGUGACAAGGAUAUGAGCUAUGUGUUGGUUGACAACUUCCAAAGAGGGGUGUUCAAAUGGCCCUUGGUGUUUGGGUGGAGCACGUUAUCAAAGGACACCAUCAAGAAGAAUCACAUGAAGGAUUCAGAUCCCAUCAGAUGUCCUGUCAUGGCAGGAGGCCUUUUCUCCAUCGAUAAGAAGUACUUCUAUGAACUGGGCUCUUAUGAUCCUGGCCUGGAUGUAUGGGGUGGAGAGAACAUGGAGAUCUCUUUUAAGAUUUGGAUGUGUGGAGGUGAGAUCGAGAUCAUCCCGUGUUCCCGAGUGGGCCAUAUUUUCCGAGGCGAGAACCCGUACAAGUUUCCCAAGGACAGGCAGAAGACGGUUGAGCGUAACCUGGCCAGGGUGGCAGAGGUGUGGCUGGAUGAGUACAGGGACCUGUUCUACGGCCAUGGAUACCUCCAUCUGCUGGAUAGGAGUAUCAUCGACAUUGGCAACCUCACAGACCAGAUCGAACUCAGAAAGAAGCUUGAGUGCAAGAGCUUCAAGUGGUACCUGGACAACGUGUACCCAGACAUGGUCGCUCCGCUGGUCAAAGCUGAGGGGCUGGUUUUCAAUCGUGGAGUCAGAAAAUGCCUCGCUCUGCAGGAUGGCUCCCUUGCAUUUGAGAUAUGUGAUCUCAGCAAGCUGAGUCAACACUUCAAUUACACCUGGAUGAGGCACGUUCGCCAGAAGGAUGUCUGUGUCACUGCUCAUGGCAAAGGGACCAGUCUGGCUCUGCAGCCGUGUGACAACACCAAGCCACAGCUACGCUGGCUCCACAAGUCCACCAACUCGGCUCUGGUGGAGCACCUCAUAGCGGAGCAUAGUCCCCGGCGUACGUGCCUGGAGGCUGGGGCGCUGGAUGACAGCAUACAGCUGAAGGAGUGCGAGUCUACCAGUCCCUACCAGAAGUGGCAGUUCACACACUACCACACUGUGUGAUGGGAGUACAGGAAUACAGCACUGUUCCUGCAUUAGAGAUUGACACUAAAGUACUUGACUGUACUGUAUGCAUUUGGAUGUGUUCAGUGUAUUUCUACAAUGGGAUAUGCAUGGUGCUGCUGGUAUGUUGGUGUGAGGGUGGUGUUGGGAUGUGCAAUGCUCUUUUUUUUUUUUUACUUCUCCUUUUUAUCAUGAUCAAGCUUCACUUGGAAUUUUGAAUUUUUGCAUGGCUGAUGCCCCGGAAUGAUUUGAAAGGACAGCUGUUACGGUGUAAUUACAGUUUUGUAUUUGAUGGCAUAGUUUACUGGUGUAGGCUAUACAAAUAAAUAAUAGUUGCAUACUCGUAUACAGUGGCUUGAGGAAGUAUUCACCCCCCUUGGCAUUUUUCCUAUUUUGUUGCCUUACAA